AUGGCAAAUUGUUGGCACCAAGAUCAAUUCCUUCUUAUUGCUUCUAAACAAAAUGCUCUCACCGAACAAGAGGAAGAAGAUAUUUCAAUCAAUGAUGAUGAUCAAAGACAAAAUACAAAUACGUUUGAACUAUCCGAUCGAAUUAUUUUGAAACCAAUAUCUCAUCCGAGUCAUUAUAGAUUUGUGCAAGGCUCCUCCGGCUCUAAUUUUGUGUUGCUUUUAGAUGAAAACGGAACAAUGUAUGGAUAUGGUUUGGAUUUUUCAAAACGAACGACUCUACCGAAUAACGCUAAUUGGUGCAUAGUUGAUUUUUCCGAGCCAGUUGAACUAGUUGCUUGUGGUAUGAGAUUUUUCAUGUUUAAGAGCAAAUCAGGAGUUAUUUACAGUGUUGGAAACAAUGAAUGUGGCCAGAGAGGUACUGGCCAAGGCUCGUCAUCUGACAUUCUUCCUGUUAAAUUCACACCAAAUGUUGAUAGCUGUUCUGUGAUGAAGUCGGUGGUAAAAAUCAGCUGCGGAUAUCAGCAUGCAAUAUUGUUAACUAAUGAUGGAAAGUUGUAUGGAACUGGCUGCAGUUAUCAGUCACAGUUGGGGAAAAUUUCAGGUGACAUUACUUAUUUAUUUUGCCCACUAGAAUCAACUGCAUUUUCCAACUCAAGAUAUGGAAAAAUAGUUGACAUUCAAACAUUAUACUUCAGUAGCUUUUGUCUGACUGAUAAGGGUUUUUGUUUUGUAGCUGGAACUCUUAGCUAUAACCAGGUUAUUGAUGCAACUCACUGGACUCUAGUUCCGUCAACAAUCCUCGACUGUCCCAUAAGAUCUAUUUACGCCUCGUGCAAUACUGUAUUUUUCUUUGGAGACAAUUGUGUAUUUACAACAAAAUAUUCAAAGGAUUAUUUUGAACCAUCAGAUUUGAACAUGCAAGAAACAACUGUAUGCAGCAUUCCGUUUCUGAAGAACAAAAAUAUUCAAAAAGUGUUUGGAAAGGAAUAUUUUCACUUUGUAUCAGAUCACCAUGUUUAUAUACGUCACAUAGUAGGAGAAGAUGCAAGUACGUUACGAAUGAUGGGAAUGGAUGAUAUCUCGAAUAUCUGUGAGUAUGCAUCUUUACAAAAACCCAUUUGGUUGGAAGUAUUGCCAUUAUCAAAAAUUUUGUGGAGUCAUGAUCUCACAAUUUUAAACGCCUUUUCAUUUGUCAUUUACAUUUGUGACAAGAAGAAUAGCAUGCCAAUUCUCCAAAAUCUAGGCAACAUCUAUCACUAUCAAUUUAAUAUCAGAGAGGAGGAGGAAAUUCCUAAAUAUGUGUUUUAUGAUGUGGAUGUUGUAUUUAAAUAA